AUAUGUUUUCAGAACUCGGUUUGAGAAAGAAAAGUAUAAUGAUAUUCAUAGCCUUUUUAGUCACAGAAUGAAGUUGUUACAAUGUUUUUUAAACUUGACAGGCAGAAAAUGUCAUUAUAAGAAAAAAGUAAACAAGUAAUGUAUGUAUUUAUGAAAAUAUUAAUUGAAGAUAUUUAUUAAAUAGGGUCAAAAUAAAGAGUGUUUCAGCUUAAAGCCAUAACUUGAGACCAGGACUGAAAUGUUCCGGUCGGCGUACCAACGCGGAUUCCUAACUGUGUUCUAUAGCUGCGGCUCGAAACCUCUAGAGUUAUGGGAAGUCCAUAUGGAGAAUGGCCAUGUCGCAAGACUGCUAGACCCAGAUAUUAAGUCCAUGGUGCUAGAUAUAAGAGGAAAUAAUGUAAGUACAGCGUAUAUAACAUGUCCAACAAAUAACAGAAUUCUUGGAAUAACAAUGCCGUUCAUGAUUAUGGUGGUAAAGAACUUGAAGAAAUAUUUCACUUUUGAAGUAACCAUUUUGGACGACUCUGGGACAAGAAGAAGAUUCCGGGUAUCUAACUUUCAAAGUACUACACAGAUAUUGCCCAUGGCUACCGCUAUGCCUAUCGGUCUUGCUGAUGGUUGGAACCAGAUCCAGUUCAACCUAUCUGAAUUCACCCGUCGUGCAUAUAACAAGGCGUUUGUUGAAGUACAAAAGAUUAAAGUCAACGCCAAUAUACGUCUCAGGCGAAUUUACUUUGCGGAAAAGUUGACUCCUGAAGAAGAUUUGCCUGCUGAAUACAGGAUUUUCCUUCCCCUACCUAGUAAAGUAGGUAAAGGCAAAAAGGCUGAAGAAGGAAGUAAAACUAAUGUAAUUAAGCCUGCACCGUCUAAACAGAUGGUGACAUCUCAAACGAAGUUGAAAACAACGUCUCGGGCUAGCAUUGUGGAGCUGCCUCCAGCGGCACCUCCCGUGGAAGGUAGUGAGCCAUCAGCGCCGGUUCAGGCUGAGGUAACUCCUGUCGUAGAUGAGCCUGUUGCAGCGGAGGUUGAAGCCCCUACUCAGGAGGGCGAAGCUGCUCCGGAAGCAGUUGUAGCGCCUGUGGAGGAAUCAGCCCCUAUUGAAGGUGAGCCCGCCGCAGACUUAGAAUCUCAAGCAGCCGCAGAGGCACAGCCUGAGGCAGCUGCAGCCCAAGAACCGGCAGAAGACGCACCGGCCGAGGCAGCUCCUGUCCCGGCUGAAUAAGAGUAACGUCACUAGUUGUACAGUCACCAUCAUAUAGAUAGUGACUGCCAAAGUGGCCAAUAUAUCGGUCAACAUCCUUAUUUAGUAAUUUGUUCACUUUGACUGGAACUAUAUAUUUGAUGCUGAGUAUACAGUCACGACCUGCAAUAAUAUGUUACACAACGAAGACCGCAAAAAUAUCCUACACGAUCCUAUUUGUAAGGCUAUAAGAGCACGCCAGAUAUUUUUGGGGCCUCCGAAGAGUAACAUAUUAUUGCAGGUGACUGUACAUAGAUUAAUAUGAUACAUUCUUAAAAUGUUUAAUUACGGAUUACAUGCAUGUCUAACGUUUUAUCACUGAUUAUACUCACAUAGCUUCUGCAAAUAAAAUGAUUAAUUUCCUAAGAAUGUUAUGUUUUAGUUGUUUAUUUAAUAAUAAUAU